AUGCAAUUUCGUCAACAAAACCAAAGAGAGGUGUUUUCCGGGCGUUUGAAGUGCAUUCAGAGAAAUUUAUGGUCCGUAGGAAAGGAGCAGGUGAAUAGCGACCUCAACGGGAAGCGAGGCGAACUCUUCGGCGAAAACUGGUCCACCACCUUCCUUCAACAUCACAACGUUUUCGGUGCUGGCCAGCACCUGCCGCCAAAAUCUGUCGAUGAGCCCACUCUCGAGUGGGAAAUUUGCCUGUACUUGUCUGCGUGGUUUCCGCCAGCAAUCUUUCAUGUCAAUUCCGAAUCUCGCGUGGAGGCCCUCCAUCACUACACACUCGCUUUCGGCACGAUGGUUAACUUGGACGACUUCGCCUUCUCAACUCCGCUGAGAAUCUACUACAACCGCAAAUCCGAUCGGGUGUGCUUCACCGGGCCUGUCAACGCUCUCUCCAGGUCGGCAAUUGAGGAGGCUAUCGUGGCUCACAAGAUUGCUCGACUUGCCAUCAAUGCCAAUGUGCCUCUCGUGAACGGCACCACUUCUGAUUUUACAGAUCCAACCAUUCUUGAUCUGGCCGGCACAAUUUAUAAUUGGCAUCAUCCUGAGUUAACGGAUAUUGUACUGUACGUGUCACCUCGAAGUGUGCAUGGUGGUUACGGAUCGAGGAUGAAAUUCUUCUGGCCGGAGGGAGAUUGUAUGGGCGACGAAAGGUGCGAGCAGAUGGCGAGAACUUCUGUAGAGGCAUUCAUGAAGCUCGAUAAAGAUGUGAUGAUAAAGCAAGUGCCGACGGCAGAAGUUGGGGCCAUGAGGAUUGAGGAGCUCUGCAGACUGAGAGCCAAAAAGAAUCCAGCGUCGAAAACGGCUGGCAAGGCUGUCCUAGGGAUGUUCCCAUUCGAAAUGGCGGAGACCUCCCAAUUCCUCGUUAAGGACAGAUUCCUGGUACUUGAUUCAGCAUCUGGAUUACCUGAGGCAAACCGCAUUGGCUUGACUAAAGAAGACACCGACUAG